UUAAUUUACUUGGAAUUGUGAUCCUGUCCCAAGGAAAGUGCGGCCUCUCAACAUGCACCAGUCGUUACCUGAUGGCCAUGGCGACAGCAGAUCUAUUUGUUAUAAUCAUUGAGGUUAUUCUGUGGCAGAUUAAAUCCUAUUAUUUCCCUGUGUUUUUCCUGGAUCUCACCCCUGUGUGUAGUGUUCACAAUGUUGUGAUUUGUGUAGCCAUAAACUGUUCUGUCUGGUUCACGGUCACCUUCUCCUUUGAUCGAUUCAUUGCCAUCUGUUUCCAGAACCUGAAAACGAAGUAUUGCACCAAGAAAAAUGCAGCUGUCAUCCUCUCAAUAACAUGCAUACUGCUCUGUUUUAAAAAUGUUCCCUUCUACUUUGCAUAUGAACCAAAACAGGUCAUUGCCAAUGUAGCCUGGUUCUGUGUUCUAAAGCCAGAUUAUUUUAUUGAGCCUGGAUGGGUGGGAUUUGACUGGUUUGAUAGGGUUUUAACGCCCUUGCUUCCGUAUGCUUUAGUUCUGUUGCUCAAUGCUCUGACAGUGAGACACAUUUUAGUGACAAGUCGGGCUCGUCAGAGACUGAAGGGUCAGAGCAAAGGAGACAAUUACAGUGACCCAGAGAUGGAGACCAGAAGAAAGUCUGUGAUUUUACUUUUCACGUUAUCCGGCAGCUUCAUAAUUCUGUGGUCGGUGUAUGUUACAGAUUUUUUUUAUUCCAGCAUUCGAGGAACAUACCUGAGCCAUUACAACAAUGCAGAACUUGUAUUUGCAAUGGCCGGCCUUUCACUGGCAAAUUUAAAUUGCUGCAUAAACACAUUUGUUUAUGUGGCAACUCAAUCCAAGUUCAGAGAGCAAGUCAAGGAGAUGAUGAAGUAUCCUACCACAUUAAUUAUCCAAUUAAUGAAUAAACUAAAGAACUGA